UUCGUCUAGAAGAACAAACCCUUUCCUCUCCAAAUUCCCCCACUCUCCUUUCUCAAUCUCCCCUCCGCGGAUUUCGUCCUGUCUCCCUCAGUCGCGCCUGAUUUCGACUCUCUCUCUCUCUCUCUGAGUCUCAGAUUUUAAUUAGUUAUUUCUUUUCUCCGCCGUGUCGUCGCUUUGAUUUGACCGGAACAUUGUUCCGGCAGCUACCCGAGGCCUCACUCCCGACUGUCUGGUUUCAUCGCCGUGAAAAAAGGAGUGCUAGGUUGAAGUGACGCCGGAGUGGGAGUCAGUAUUCCGAGAGAAGCCCCAAGAGUAGCACUCGAUUUGCAUCAUUAUUUGACUAUCUUCUUCUCCUCUAUUCACCUCGUUGCAAAUUGUGGACUGGACACAAUGGAGAGCAGCAGUCGAUUUGCAUGAGGAUAAUUUUCAGAUAAACAAGAUGGACUACAACAGAAGUAUAAACGUUUCGAAUGAUGCUUUGGUUAUCAAACCCGAGCACCGCACCCAUGGUUCCAAAGGGAAUGCUCUACCUCAAGAGUCAGAAGAAAAUAGAGGAUCAAUGGGUGGGCAGAGCAGCACAAGUGUGGUUGAUCAGGUGCGGACGCCUCCUGAAGAUUCCGGCGUCACUUCUUCAUCCACCGUUUGCCCAGCCCCCGUUUGUAGGCAAUUCUGGAAAGCUGGAAACUACACUGAUGAAUCGAGUUCAAAGUCUCAGCAGCCAACUGGAAAAAACUAUCUUCAUGUGCACCCUAUGUUCCUUCACUCCAAUGCUACUUCACACAAAUGGGCUUUUGGUGCUGUUGCAGAACUGCUUGACAAUGCUGUGGACGAGAUCCAAAAUGGGGCCACUUUUGUCAUUGUAGAUAAAACCACAAAUCCGAGGGAUGGUACACCAGCAUUGCUAAUUCAAGAUGAUGGUGGUGGGAUGGAUCCUCAAGCAAUGCGGCAUUGCAUGGGUUUUGGAUUCUCAGAUAAGAAAUCGGAAUCAGCCAUUGGAAAAUAUGGAAAUGGUUUUAAGACCAGCACAAUGAGACUUGGGGCAGAUGUCAUUGUUUUCAGCCGCCAUUUGAAGAACCAAAUAUGGACACAAAGUAUAGGGCUCCUUUCUUAUACGUACCUGACACGUACUGGCCAUGAUAGAAUAGUUGUUCCCAUUUUGGAUUACGAGUUCAAGGCCUCAACUAGCGAAUUCGUGACAUUGCAAGACCGAGAACGUUUUAUAUCCAUUCUCUCCAUUCUACUAGAAUGGACUCCAUUUUCAACAGAGGCAGAACUUUUGCAGCAGGCAAGGCCAAUUUUCUGUUUACAAUAUUUUGACGACGUUGGAUCUCAUGGGACGAAAGUUAUCAUCUAUAAUAUGUGGCUCAACAGCGAUGCUAAAUUGGAAUUAGAUUUUCACUCGGUUGCAGAGGAUAUUCUCAUUGAAGGAAACAUAAAAAAAACUGCAUGUAAAAUUAUGAAUGAUCAUAUUGCAACCCGGUUUUCGUACUCCCUACGUGUUUACCUAUCCAUAUUAUACUUGCGGAUUCCUGAGACUUUCAAGAUUGUCUUGCGUGGUAAGGUUGUCGAUCAGCAUAACGUUGCUGAUGAUCUCAAGCAUCCGCAGUACAUCUUGUAUAAGCCUCAAGUUGCUGGACAUGAACAGGCUGAAGUGGUAACGACGAUUGGAUUUCUGAAAGAAGCUCCCAAAGUAAACCUUAGCGGAUUCUGUGUUUAUCACAAAAACCGACUAAUAAUGCCAUAUUGGCAAGUCUUACGCAACUCAAGCAGUAAAGGAAGAGGAGUUGUUGGUGCUCUAGAAGCUAAUUUUGUCGAGCCAACCCAUAACAAGCAAGAUUUUGAGAAAACUAUCCUUCUUCAGAAACUUGAAACCCGUUUAAAGGAAAUGACAGUGGAGUAUUGGAAGUGCCAUUGUGUGUUGAUUGGGUAUCAAGAUAAGAAGCUUCGUCCUAAGGUAGCUGAAAAUGUUCGACCUGCUGGUACAAAUGGCAACAUGUUCCAGAAUAAUCCUGGUGGAGAUAGUGGCAGACAAGCAAUAAGUCCUCCUCCAGGUUUCCAAGCAGUUUUUUCUAAUGCGAAUUUGGCAUCUCUCCCUAGAGCUUCUGUUGAGCCAGUGGUGUUGGAGAAGAGGAAAGAACAUCCUGAUUUUGCUGCAAGUGCAGCGUCAAAAAGAAGGGUGGGAAGUGAUGGAUUUACUGUCCCGGGGCAGAAUCGGGUUGAACAGUUUAUUCAAGGAUCUGCAAUUCGUUCCCAAGAUAGUGAAACUGUCAAGUUGAUGGAAGAAAACAAGAAGCUUCGAGCAAAAUGGUUGGACCACAAGGUGCGAAGUCAAAACCUUGAACUCAAGGCCAUGAAUCUGAGGAGUGAGCUCGAGAGCGUUAAAAGUGAGUAUGAAAGGAUAAUGGAAGAGCUACAAGCUUUGUCUAUGGUGAAAGAGGAGCGCAGAAGAAAUGUAAAUUCGUAGGAACUUCCUCUGCACUCUAAAAUCACCUUUUUUGUUGACUAGUCAUAAUGUUCAUCUAUCUUGUGGGUGGAAACAUCCUUAGUUGCUCUCUCUCUCUCUACUACGUAAGGAUAGCCUUAGGUAUAAGGAGAAAAACAAAAUGUGAAAAAGAAGAUUCAUGUUUAUGAAUUAAAAGAUUCCUUGUCUAAAGAAUCAUGUUAAACUGUAGUUAACAAAGAUUAAUGUUAUUAUCAGUUGACAUUUUAUUCAAAUCGAGUUCAGAAUUUG